CCUAUCUUUUUUUUUGUUUGGAAUGAUUUCCAAUCGUUUUACUGAUCGGAUUGAAUUAUCAUCAAAUAAUGAUUAUCAUCAUCAGCGAUCAACAUUAAUCUAAAUCCCCUCUCGUCUGUGUCACAGAUUCAUAUUUCGUACUGUAGAUUCAUCCUCUCUAACUUAAACGGUCGGAUUUCUCGGAACUUUAAACCAAGUUUUCAUCUCAGUCGUUCCCUCGGCUGUGCCGACAAAGAUCAAGUUCUUAUAGCCGCCCGACCACCCCGAGUUUCUUAAUUCUACCUCUCAACUUAUUGGAUAUAAGUCUUUUGGAUCAGAAAGCUUUGUUGGAUUUAACGCAGGUGACAGAAUCCGCGAAGCUAUUUCUUUCUUUCUUGUGUGAUUUGUUUCCUAUUGUAUACUUCAAAUCGAAUCGACUAGCAAUAAAUACCGGCAUUUUAUAAAGUCGAUAUAAAGCACACCGCCAUUGGAGAAAGCUGAAAGUGAUUUGGAUCGAGUUCUAAAUCAUCAAGUUUGGGCAGACUUUAUACCUUUGUGACAUCUUCAAGUACUCCGGAUAACUUUUCACCGACCAUGUUUAAUUUGUUAGUUACUGACAUGACGUGCCAUCUUCAAUUGUUCUUGACUUCACAGAUAAGAGUUAUGAAGGAAUAAUACUUCUACUACUAUGACUACCAGCUGCAAUUUCCAAUAUAAUGUCGGAUUGAUUAUUAUAUACGUCUUAUGAAUACUCUAUAAAUGAAAGGGAUCUCUUCUUGAAUACUACCAAGUCAUUUGUAUCAAAAUAUUUAUUUGUAAUUAAACACUGGUCGCGACUACUAAGGAAUAAUGUAUCAAGUAACCCUGAUUUUUCUGGCCUUGCUGCCGCUAACAUCAACAAGUCGUCCAUACGACGUCAGCUCGAAUGAAAUUUCAUCGUUCAAUGAUCCCGACUUCAGCGACCUCCGUAACACCCAGACCCUCUGCCGAACCUUCCCCGGUAUGAAUCGUAAGCAGAUGCAGUUAUGUCGACGGAUGCCCGACGUCACAGCCGCCGCCAUCCAGGGCAUCGAUAUGGCUGUUCAUGAAUGCCAACAUCAGAUGAAGAACAGACGAUGGAAUUGCUCCAGCCUUGAGAUGAGGCAUGGAAACCCGUUUGCUCACGCUCUCAUGUCACGAGCAGGUUUAAAAGAGACAGCAUUCGCGCAUUCCCUGGCAUCUGCUGGCGUCCUAUACCAAGUAACCAGAUCAUGCAGUGCGGGUAAACUCCCAUACUGUGGCUGCGAUACCCGAUUCGUCGGGAGCGGUGAGGGGUUCGAGUGGGGCGGAUGCAGUCACGACAUCAAGUUCGGCGAGGGCUUCGCCAUCGACUUCCUAGAUAGCAGUGAGAAGUCUGGACGAGAUGCCCAAGCUAGGAUGAAUCUACAUAAUAAACGAGCAGGAAGACUGGCGGUGUCACACUACGCCGAAAAGAGGUGUAAAUGUCAUGGCAUGUCGGGAAGCUGUCAGCUCAAGACAUGCUGGAUGCAGACUCCUCACUUCAGGGAGGUUGGAAACCGUCUCAUGGAGAAGUUUUCAUUGGCCCUUGAGAUUCGCGCGCGAAAUACGAAUAGUGGAAGCGUGGAGCUGGUAACAAGGGCAAGGUCGCAGUUCUCCACCCCUCGUAAGAAGCGUCGAUUCCCACCUCAAGAGGAGCUGGUAUUCUUGGAGAAAUCGCCCGAUUUCUGCGAUGCUGACACCAGGUUGGAUAGCCCUGGCACGAGAGAACGCUAUUGUAAUCGUACAAGUACAGGCAUUGACGGGUGUGAUAGCUUGUGCUGUGGGAGAGGCUACAAUAUUCGAUUGGAGAGAAGGACAGAGUGGUGUAAUUGCACGUUUCAUUGGUGUUGCUAUGUGCGCUGCCAGCAGUGCCAUAGCUCGCAAUGGGUUAACCAGUGCAAAUAGAUGACGUCAUAAUGAUUGCUAUGUGAAAUGGACACGACUGUAAAUGCUCAGUGUGGUUUACGUAGCAGACGAAAUGAGAAAACUAUAUGCGAAUGUGUAACAUUUAAACUGCAUUUACUAGAGGUUGACACGAACUCUUCGGAUGAUCACACACAUUGCCUUGAGGCUUGAUGUUUCGCUUCUUGUAUCUUGUAGAUUACUCUCAAGAAAGCGGUAUAUCAGAUUUUUAGCAUAUUGCGUAUAAUUAAGUAAGAUUUUGAAUCAGCUUAUGAGUGAUUUGAUUCGAUUUCUGCUUGUCUGAGAACAAUCACAUUAAUAUGUAGUUGUCAGAACACAGCUUUAUUCAUCGUAAUUCAUACAAUGUGAUAUAGUAUAAGACAAGUUCGCUGCCAGCUGCUACGAUCUUGUUAUGACGUCAUGACUUAACUUAUUGGCGAUAUCCUUCCGAUGCAUUACAUUAUACAAUUUGACUGCUUAGCUGAUUAUGUAGAUAUUUGAAUUCUAAUUUUGUUUUAUGUACAUUUGAAAUCAUAUUUAUAAUGGCAUUCUGGAUGGCAAAUCAUCAAUAUUUGAGACCUGGAAAAGUGCAAGUACAUGUAUAUUAUGUACUUGAAUUGAUUAGGUUGGAAUGUAUUUUAUUGGGUGAACAGAAAAUUGUGUAAAUAUUUCAGUAAAAUAAUUAUGUUUAGAUAACGAUUAAACAAGUAAUCAAUUUUUUACUUCUGUUCAAAAUAUUGUAACAAUGGUAUUGCACAAUGUGCCUUCCUUAAUGAAUGAUUGCUAACCCCAAAAUACAAACCUUAUUUCGAAAUUCUUUAAUGCUAGUGAUAAAGCAUUUUUUAAAAUGUAUAAUUCAUGACAAAAACUUAAGGUAUUGUUUUGUAAGCGAAUUACAAAAUAAAGCUUUGCUGAUUUGGAUUUUUGAUAUUUGUAUUUGUUUUGGAAUUCCCUACAAUGUCCGUGAUAUACAUGUACAUGUACAUAUCAACGAUACUAAUACGGACUGCAGGAGAUACUACUCUGUAUCUUUGAUGUUUUAAGAAGUGACUCGAGGAAAAUACGAUGGCUCUCUUUUUCAGACAUUACAAUAAAACAAAGUCAAGAGUACCAGCUUACAUCUCCAAAAGAACCUUCAAACCUUUCUAAUGAAAAGACACAUAUUAUUUGUAUUUAUUACAUGCCAUAUUUUGUGCAUUCGAUACUAUAAUGGAGAUUAGUGAUUUACCGAAUUAUUAUUUUCAUUUAUUUUGAUAAUAAUAAAUCUAAAACAACUGCUAGUAGAUUGUAAUAUCCGCGAAUUAAAAAAAUGAUUUGAAUGGAAAUUGAAAAUUGAAAAUAGAUGUUGAAAGAUCAGCCCCAAAUGUGAUGGGAAGCAAAAUUACAGGGAUGGUAACGAUAGCAUGGCAUUUCUUGCAAAUAAUUAUUAUGUGGUAAAAUUAAUGUGUAUCUUAAAUGUUGCUCGUCCCGAGGUAAGAAUACAUUUAUAUUCUUCCUAUCAAAUAUGAGCAAUUAGUUAACCAUCUCGAAAUGCUGCUCAUUUUGAUAAAAUAAAAAAAAAUAGUUUCUAGGGUAUUACAUUACAUUACAUUCUAAAACCUAAUUAAUCAACAAUUUAAAACUUUAAUAUUUUAUAAUUAUGGAAAAAUGUUCACGAGUAUCUUUAAAUGUUAUACAAUUUAGUACCAAUCAGGGACACUGAUCCAGAAGGGCGGGGUAAUAACAAGAUAAUAAUAACGAUUAUGGCAAUUAUGCUGAAUAACCUCAUUUAGAAAAAAUUAAUAGAAGGAGAAAAUAGGGCAAUUAAGAUCAACAUGUUAAAGUACAAAGCAAUCUAACAUACAACGUGAUUUGUUAUUACGGAAACGGGACCCAGAAAAACCGGACUCGCUUAGACUGGGUGCGACGAAAGAUCAAAGUCACCCUCUCAACACCCAGUAUUCUUUCAACCUUUCUGGAAUUCGACUAAACGUCCCACGUACAAACCGAGCACGCUUCCGCCAAUCCUUCGUACCAAACUAUUCACAAGUUCAACCAAUUCGUUAAGAGCUGAUAAUAAACGAUAGCAUUUCAGUUACCCAUUAUUGUUAGUAUACAUAUUGUAUGUAUGAUUUUAAUACUAUUGUUAGUAUACAUACAUGUAUUGUAUGUAUGAUUUCAAUACGACCACAAUGAUAUAACUGUAGUUAUUUAUCCACUUUGACGAACAAUGAUGGCGUUGAUAAUAAUAAUAACAAUAGCAAUAAUGAUCAUAAUUAUUUGAAUUUAUAAACUGUUCUCAUAAAGCUUAAAACGUCAACGAUGAUUAUACUGAAUAGCCCGUUAAAAGCAGUGGAGAGAUAUUUUUAAUCAUCUAAUCAGAAAGGAAGUUUAACAAUUUUGGAUGGCGUAAAAAUUAUUUCUUUGAAAUGACGAGAGAUAUUUUUCAGUUCUGAAAUUGUUUGCUUAAUUGUUUUGCAUGUUUCAUAUUAUAGUACUCUGUUUCUUGUAUUAUUGUAAUGCUGGUGGGAAGCAUAUUUCCACAUUGUGGACGAAUAAACCAAUCUCAAUAUCAAAUACUUUUCCAAAUACCCAUGUAAACAAACGUGCUUCAAAUGCACAUUUCCUGAUAACGAAUGCAAAUUAUUUUGCUCAACCUCGCAAAAAAAUAAUAUGACAACGGCCCACAACCCCCUCUUCGCCAAAAUGAUCGCUAAGCUUUCUCUCACCCCCUCCCCCGGUCACGAGAAAAAAAUAUCUGGUUGGUUUUGAAAAUGCCAGCAAUGGUUGCUCACAUGUUUGAGAAUGAUAUCUCUCUUCUGGUAAAUGCAGGUUUGAUAUGAAAUUGUGUGAUUAUAUAAGCUUUAAGUAUCUAUAUCCCCCCCAAAAAUUAGUAAUUGAUAUUAAUGUGAAAAAACAUAAAUCAUGUCAUGCUUUCCUUUUUAAAACGACUUCCUGAUACUUGUGUGUAUUUUCAUUAAAUAAAUUGUAUGUUUGCUUUGUUUCGAAUGGAAAAUAAACGAGAAAAAAUAGCAUAGAUAUGGAGUUAUUAUAUAAUAACAUUAAAAUAAAAGCAUCAUUUGCCCGUUA